AUGGCAGAAGUGCAAAAAGCCGAAAGGAGUAUUUGCUCGGAUGAAUUGGUCACCAGUCGCAACCCAAGAUUUGAGGUAACGUGGGGUGCUGCUGACAAGGAAAAUCCAAGAAAUUGGCCAGUAUGGUACAGAUGCUUUGUAGUUUCUGCCAUGUCCUUCUCGACCACAAUAGUGGUCAUGUAUACCACAAUGUAUACCUCAGGUCUCUCCGGAAUGCAGGACGCAUUCAAAACUUCGGAAACAGUGGUGCUGCUGGGUCUUACUACAAAUCUUUUCGGACUCGCUAUUGGAUCAGCCGUGCUUUCGUCACUAUCUGAGCUCUACGGCCGAAGGCCUCUCUACCUCCUCUCCGUCUUUCUCUAUGGCAUAUUUGUCCUGCCUGUGGCGCUCGCAAAGAAUAUCGAAACAAUCUUGAUUACCAGAUUUAUCAGUGGCUUCUUUGGUGGGGUGUUGAUAUCGAGCGGACCUGGAAGCGUUACUGACGUAACUAACGAUCAAUACCGUGCUCUUGCGCUGAGCUUUUGGAGCCUUGGUGCAAUGAAUGGCCCCGUCUUGGGUCCCAUAACCGGCGGUUUCAUCUUUCAGUAUCUUGGCUGGCGCUGGAUCAAUUGGAUCAUCUUGAUCUGCACAGGGGCCUCCCUCAUCUUGAUGUUUUCAGUUAAAGAGACAUAUGCACCCGCCCUCCUUCGCCAACGAACCAAGAAAUUGCAGAAAGAGACUGGUGAUCCACGUUGGUGGUGUCAAUUUGACCAUAAGCAGACGGGCCUUCAAAUUCUGAAGACCAACAUGAUCCGUCCCGUUCGGAUGAUUUUUCUUGAGCCAAUCUGUGUCUUUUGGAACUUAUACAUCGGAAUUGUUUAUGCGGUUCUUUUUCUCUGUUUCGUCGCCUACCCCAUAGUUUUCGAAGAGCAUCGGGGCUGGUCCCCGAGUCUUGCAGGGCUAGGUUAUUGUGGUAUCGGAAUCGGCACUGCCAUUGCCGUCAUUUCAGAGCCUCUGAUUCGAAGAGUCAUCGAUUUACACCCUUCAGAUCCAAGCACGGGUCGACCAGCCCCCGAGGCUGCGGUGUGGGCUGUUUGUCUAGGAAGUGUUUUGAUCCCAGUUGGGGAGUUCUGGUUCGCGUGGACAGCUAAAUUGUCGUUCCAUUGGAUACUUCCGAUCCUAUCGGGCCUUCCAUUCGGCUUGGGUAACGGUCUGGUUUUCAUCUACUCAACAAACUACGUAGCUGGAAGCUACACAGUUUACGCAGCCUCGGCCUUGGCGGGAAAUUCGAUUGUGAGGUAUGGCCUUGCCGGCGUUCUCCCGCUUGCUGGGUCCAAGAUGUACCACACGCUGGGCCCUAACUGGGCCGGGACCGUGUUGGCCAUCAUUGAGGUGGCAUUGAUCCCCAUUCCAUUCUUCUUCUACAAAUUUGGCCAUAAAAUCCGACUUCGAAGCCCGAUGAUUGUGAAGGAGUAGGGAAUGUGGCGAUUGGCAAA